AUGGCAUACUACCGAGCUGUCACUCUCCUCAUUCUUCUCUUGCAGAGCUCAUCGAUCUUCGCAAAGAGCCUGCUCAACAAUGAUGUUGACCUACUAUUGAGAUUGCGCAAACCCGAACUACCAUCAAUGAGGCAUCGCUUUUCCCUCGACACAAUACAGAAUGACAACGACACACACUUCAAUACCAAUGCCUUUUCAGUAAAAACAAAGCAAAUUUUGGCUCGCGCCGACAUUUCUAAUUCUACCGUACCGACUUUCAAUGAAACUGCCUUCAAUCAGAGCGCUUCCACUGCAUGCGCCAACGCCGUAAACAACUACACAGCAGCAAUCAACCCCAGCGGACUUGUAGCGUGUUACAAUAUUGCUGUCUGGGACAACACCACAGGCGUCUUCCAGACCGAUGUGCGACUAUAUCAAAAGUCUGCUGCUAUCGGCUCGUUUGAGGGAUUGGCUCCGUCAGAUUUCUCCAUGUCAUUCUCAAUCCCCGAGGCAACUCUAUCCGCACCGAUGAUGAUGACAACCAAUGAAUCAGUUACGGCAGAUACGCCAGCUACUGGUGAAUUUGUAUUGGGGUUCCAGAAUAUCGGACAAAUGUCCAAGAGCCUUCAAUUUUCGAAACUCACUGAUUCGGAUCUCCGCGCGCUCAUGAUCCCAUCGAUUUCUCUGGGAGCAACAUCUCCAUCCGGUGGUACUGUCGAUACAUCGCUCGCAUCCGACACACUCUCCUACGUAGCCGGUGAGUUCACGCAACCCGACGGCACAGCGACAAAUAUAACCACCCCAGAGGCAAUAACGUUAUCCUCUCCAAUUAUUGCCUCUGCGUCAGUCUUUGUCCUCCCGGGAACGCAUAUCAAGGUCUACCCUGUGGGCUUGAUCAUAACCUGUAUAUGGGCGGGAUUGCUGUUCAUUGCUGUUGGAGCAGGCACUAUCGGCCGAUAUCAAUUUAGGGUUAAUUACCGAAAGCGUGUCCAGAGUUCAAAGAUUACUAGCAGUUUUAUAUAA